AUGGUACAGGUACAAGAUGGAACGCACCCGGGUUCCCGAACAUCCAUGUGGAACGGAGCGGCUUCCCAACCAAGAACACCCGCUCCGGGCUAUAACGAGAAAGAGAAACAGACCCGUCUUAUCAAUGUGGCAUUGCGCGGGCACCUGAUGGGGAAAAAGAGCACGAGAGAGUCCCCGUAUGUUUAUGAAGGGGGGAGUCUGAAGCAGCAGCUGCAGUAUAUUCUUUGGGAAGAAGCUGCAAGGAAUUUGCUCAGCCUCAUGGAAGGAAAGGGGACCGGAAGCUAUCAGCCACCUCAAAGGGAGCUCCUGGCCAUCCGCCAGUCCCCUUGGGAUUCCCAGGAUGGCAGCGCCUUUAAAGUUGUAGGUUCAAAACGUAAAGAAUAG